AGGUGAAGUGAGGUGCCUAAAGCCACACAGCAAGUUAGAGGCACAGCUAGUAACAUAGCUCAAGUCUCCUGACUCCCAGUCCAGUGCUCUUCCCAUUACUCCACGGGUCCUGUCUCUAAGCUUCCUGACAAAUGCUAGAACGGAAGAAACCCAAGACAGCUGAAAACCAGAAGGCAUCUGAGGAGAAUGAGAUUACUCAGCCGGGUGGAUCCAGCGCCAAGCCGGGCCUUCCCUGCCUGAACUUUGAAGCUGUUUUGUCUCCAGACCCAGCCCUCAUCCACUCAACACAUUCACUGACAAACUCUCACACUCACACCGGGUCAUCUGAUUGUGACAUCAGUUGCAAGGGGAUGACCGAGCGCAUUCACAGCAUCAACCUUCACAACUUCAGCAAUUCCGUGCUCGAGACCCUCAACGAGCAGCGCAACCGUGGCCACUUCUGUGACGUGACGGUGCGCAUCCACGGGAGCAUGCUGCGUGCACACCGCUGCGUGCUGGCAGCCGGCAGCCCCUUCUUUCAGGACAAGCUGCUAUUGGGCUACAGCGACAUCGAGAUCCCGUCGGUGGUGUCAGUGCAGUCGGUGCAAAAGCUCAUUGACUUCAUGUACAGCGGUGUGCUGCGUGUCUCGCAGUCGGAAGCUCUGCAGAUCCUCACGGCCGCCAGCAUCCUGCAGAUCAAAACAGUCAUUGAUGAGUGCACGCGCAUCGUGUCACAGAAUGUGGGCGAUGUAUUCCCGGGGAUCCAGGACUCGGGCCAGGACACACCAAGGGGCACUCCCGAGUCAGGAACAUCAGGCCAGAGCAGCGACACAGAGUCGGGAUAUCUGCAGAGUCACCCACAGCACAGUGUGGACAGGAUCUAUUCGGCGCUGUACGCAUGCUCCAUGCAGAAUGGCAGUGGUGAGCGCUCCUUCUACAGCGGUGCAGUGGUCAGCCACCACGAGACUGCACUGGGUCUGCCCCGCGACCACCACAUGGAAGACCCCAGCUGGAUCACGCGCAUCCAUGAGCGCUCGCAGCAGAUGGAGCGCUACCUGUCUACCACCCCCGAGACCACGCACUGCCGCAAGCAGCCCCGGCCCGUGCGUAUCCAGACCCUGGUGGGCAACAUCCACAUCAAGCAGGAGAUGGAGGACGAUUACGACUACUAUGGGCAGCAAAGGGUGCAGAUCUUGGAGCGCAACGAAUCCGAGGAGUGCACAGAAGACACCGACCAGGCCGAGGGCACCGAGAGUGAGCCCAAAGGCGAAAGCUUCGACUCUGGCGUCAGUUCCUCCAUAGGAACCGAGCCCGACUCGGUGGAGCAGCAGUUUGGGCCUGGGGCGGCGCGGGACGGCCAGGCAGAGCCCGCCCAACCAGAGCAGCCUGCGGAAGCCUCUGCUGAGGGCGGUCCGCAGCCGAACCAGCUAGAAGCAGGUGCCUCCUCUCCAGAGAGAAGCAACGAGAUGGAGAUGGACAACACAGUCAUCACUGUCAGCAACAGCUCCGACAAGAGCGUCCUACAACAGCCUUCGGUGAACACGUCCAUUGGGCAGCCAUUGCCAAGUACUCAGCUCUACUUACGCCAGACAGAAACCCUCACCAGCAACCUGAGGAUGCCUCUGACCUUGACCAGCAACACACAGGUCAUUGGCACAGCUGGCAACACAUACCUGCCGGCCCUCUUCACUACCCAACCCGCGGGCAGCGGCCCUAAGCCUUUCCUCUUCAGCCUACCACAGCCCUUGCCAGGCCAGCAGACCCAGUUUGUGACAGUGUCCCAGCCCGGCCUGUCCACCUUUACUGCACAGCUGCCAGCGCCACAGCCCCUGGCCUCAUCUGCAGGCCACAGCACAGCCAGUGGGCAAGGCGAAAAAAAGCCUUAUGAGUGCACUCUCUGCAACAAGACUUUCACCGCCAAACAGAACUACGUCAAGCACAUGUUCGUACACACAGGUGAGAAGCCCCACCAAUGCAGCAUCUGUUGGCGCUCCUUCUCCUUAAAGGAUUACCUUAUCAAGCACAUGGUGACACACACAGGAGUGAGGGCAUACCAGUGUAGCAUCUGCAACAAGCGCUUCACCCAGAAGAGCUCCCUCAACGUGCACAUGCGCCUCCACCGCGGGGAGAAGUCCUAUGAAUGCUACAUCUGCAAAAAGAAGUUCUCCCACAAGACCCUCCUGGAGCGACACGUGGCCCUGCACAGUGCCAGCAACGGGACCCCUCCAGCAGGCACACCCCCAGGUGCCCGCGCCGGCCCCCCAGGCGUGGUGGCCUGCACGGAGGGGACCACUUACGUCUGCUCCGUCUGUCCUGCAAAGUUUGACCAAAUCGAGCAGUUCAACGACCACAUGAGGAUGCAUGUGUCUGACGGAUAAGUAGUCUCUUUCUCUCUUUCUUAUGAACAAAACAAAACAACAAACAAACAAACAAAAAGCUAUGGCACUAGAAUUUAAGAAAUGUUUUGGUUUCGUUUUUACUUUCUGUUUUUGUUUUUGUUUCGUUUCAUUUUGUACUACAUGAAGAACUGUUUUUUGCCUGCUGGUACAUUACAUUUCCGGAGGCUCGGGUGAAUAGUAGUUUUCCCAGUCUCCCUCGGAUGGUGGCCUUAAGGCCUGGUAGUGCUUCAAGAGGUCCACUGGUUGGAUCUCUAGCUACUGGCCUCUAAAUACAACCUUCUUUACAAAAAAAGUCUUUAAAAAAAAAAGUUAAAAAAAAAAAACAAACUUUUUUUUUCACUUGUGAAGAGCACUACAAAAAUAUAUAACAAAAUCUAAAAGGCCUACUGUCUUUAAAUACACCGCUUGCAGUGUUUCAAUGGACAUUUUCACAAUUCUGGCCGCUUGGACUUCACAGUAACCAGUUAAAACUGUGGAAUAUCGCUUCUGGUUGAAAACCCAGAGGAAAGGCCCUGCUGUUUUCCACCUACCAUGUUGUCUGAUUCCAAAAAGGGCUGUGGGGGUGGGAAGGGGCAGUGGGUUUGGUGUGUGGGAAAGAAGGGCGAAUGGCAGGCUUCUCCCCGAGAUUCUGCCUGGGGCCACACACCCUGGCCCACCUCCUCUGUAUCCCCCUCUUUCAGCAGAAGCCAGGAAGACUUGGACCAGCAACAAGCAACAGUGGCUAUCGUAUUUAUUCAGUGUCUUCGCUGAGCCACAGCCUCAGCACAAUCAAGAGGGACUUUCAUGAAAGGCAGGAAUGCAGAUAAAACAAAGAUAUCAGAGCUUUGCACCUAUGUUUCUAGGUACAAGAGAAGGAUUAUUUCCAACAAUCUUUGCAAAAAAAAAAAAAAAAAGUGUCAGGAUAUAUUCUUGUGGAAGAGAAAAAGAAAGAGAAAUGGAGGGUGGGGGGAACAAUAAAAAGUUCUUGAGGCUUUUUUAAUUCAAAAUUUUAUAGAGGGGCAAAAGUGACGUUUACCAGA